AUGGCCCCUCUUAGUUUGGAUGAAAACUUCAGUUGAGUGUGAAACUCAAUGGGAAGGUGAACGCGAACCAUGGAGCUCCUGUAGAAAGUGCCCAAAGUGUUUGGAAUAAAGCCGCCGGAGACUGCUGGAUCCCUCCUCAAACUUUUAUCGGUCGAAAACUAUUCAUUGAGCACAAGAUGAUGUCUGACGCCAGCGAUAUGUUGGCAGCAGCCUUGGAGCAAAUGGAUGGGAUCAUAGCAGGCUCCAAGGCCAUGGACUACUCCAAUGGGCUGUUUGACUGCCAGUCGCCCACUUCACCUUUCUUGGGUGGCCUCCGGGUGCUGCACCUUCUGGAGGAUCUGCGGGGAGUGCUGGAGCUCAUGGACAACGAGGAGCGGGACAACCUGCGAUGUCAGAUCCCUGAUUCUACUGCAGAGGGGCUGGCAGAGUGGCUGCAUGGACGAAUGAGUAACGGACACAGCACAGAAGCAGUUUACCAAGAACGUCUGUCACGACUGGAGAGUGACAAAGAGUGUCUUAUUCUUCAGGUAAGUGUUCUGACAGACCAGGUGGAGGUGCAAGGUGAGAAGAUACGGGACCUAGACACCUGUUUAGAACAUCAUCGGGAGAAACUAAAUGCUACUGAGGACCUGCUGCAACAGGAGCUGUUGAACCGGACAACACUGGAGACCCAGAAGCUGGAGCUGAUGACCGAGGUGUCCAGUCUGAAACUGAAGCUUACGGCGGUGGAGAGAGAUCACAGGGACAGUGAGGGCUUGUAUCAGGAAGUAACGGACCUGCGGUUCAGGGUGACUGACAUAGAGAAUGAAAGACUGCAGUGUGAGAAGAAACUCAAAGCUACCAAAGAGGAGCUGCAGCUUCUGCAGAGGCAGCUGGAGGAGCGGGAGUUGGAGCUGAGGAGGCUGAAGGAGGAGAGCAGACUGAGGGUGGAGAGUCUCAGCAGGGCUGAGGGAGGAGAGAGAGAUACAGAAGUGUUGAAGAUGAAGAUGGUGUUGGAGUCGCUGGCGUCUGCCAACGAUGAGAAGGAACGAAGGAUAAAGGAGCUGGAGGAGUCGCUCACAAAGUGCAGGAAAGUUCAGGAGCUGGUCAAAGAGAAGUUAAAGGAGGACGACUAUGACGAUAUCCCGGAUGAUCCCUCGCUUCCUGUAUCCAUGGAGGUGGAUCAGGUCACCCUGGCGUUGGAGGGGGAGGCAGGAAGGAGCUCGGGCGAGUCUAUUCCGUGUAUAGCCGUGCUCUCUGAAAUGAAUGACCUGGACAGAGAACGACAGUUGCAGGCAGCCGAAAGUUCAUCAGACGUCCCACAGCUGGGCAGCUCAGCCACAAGCAGCAGCACUGACCAGGUCAGAAAUAAAGCAGGACCUGGCUCCUCACCUCCUGUCAGAGCAAACACCACAGCUGAUGACAGUUUUGGUACCAAGAAAGCCCGCUCCUCUUUCGGCCGUGGCUUCUUCAAGCUGCGUGGAGGCAAGCAGACGGCCAGUGUUCCAAACCUGGCUGAGACGGAACGUAAAGGCACCGAGCACCUGGACUUGGCCGGUGUCCCUUCAAGAAAAUCCCACGAUGGCACUCCUCUGCCGUCCUCACCUGAGACCAAAAAGAAGUCCAAAGGCUUCAUGAAAUUUUUUGGCAGACUAAAGAGGAGUCACUCCACCUCCUUCAACCUGGAUGAUGCAGAGAUGGAGUUCAGGAGGGGAGGAGUCAGAGCCACAGCCGGCCCUCGACUCGGCUGGUCACGUGAACCUAAACACAAUGCUGUCGAUGUUCCUUUCUCGCGGUGGAGUAAAGAUGAAGUUUGUGUGUGGCUGCAUGAGCAGGGUCUGGGGUUAUAUGUUGCUCAGGGUCAGAGCUGGAUCAAAUCAGGACAGACACUACUGCGGGCGUCACAACACGAUCUGGAGAAGGAAUUGGGCAUGAAGCAGCCUCUCCACAGGAAGAAGCUGCAGCUGGCUCUGCAGUCUCUUGGGUCAGAGGAGGAGGAUCUCAAGGGCAGACUGGACCACAACUGGGUGACCAGGUGGCUGGACGACAUCGGCCUCCCGCAGUACAAAAGUCACUUUGACGAGGCCCGUGUUGACGGACGCGUGCUGCACUACCUGACAGUGGACGACUUGCUGUCUCUGAAGGUGGGCAGUGUUCUCCAUCACCUCAGCAUCAAGAGGGCCAUCCAGGUCCUCCGCCUCAACUGCUACGAGCCCAACUGCCUCAGGCGACGACCCUCCGAUGAGAACAACAUCACACCAGCAGAGAUCGCCCAGUGGACCAACCACAGAGUGAUGGAGUGGCUCCGAUCUGUGGAUUUGGCAGAAUACGCUCCCAAUCUGAGGGGCAGCGGCGUUCAUGGUGGAUUGAUGGUGUUGGAGCCCCGCUUCAACGUGGAGGCGCUCGCCCUUCUGCUCAACAUUCCUCCCAACAAAACCCUGCUGAGACGCCACCUGGCAACACAUUUCCACCUGCUCAUCGGCUCUGAGGCGCAGCGGCUCAAGCAAGACUGUCUGGAAAACCCAGACUACACCGUCCUCACAGCCACUGCCAAGGUCAAGCCUAGACGCAUGUCAUUUGGAGGUUUUGGCACUUUGAGGAAGAAACGUCAUGAUGAUGGCGAGGAGUACAUCUGCCCUAUGAACGUGGAAAUGCCCAAGAACAGCAGCUUCCAGAGAGGCCUCCGGAUCUACGAUGAACACCUUGACCACCUCGAACAGAUGGAAGACUCUGAAGGGACUGUGAGACAGAUAGGAGCUUUUUCUGAGGAAAUCAACAAUCUAACAAGCAUGCUGAAGGAAGAUGAGUUUUUCCCUGAGAUCUCUGUUGACGCGGCAAAACCUGACCACAACUCUGGUGUGUGAUUUAGAUGCUUUGGGAAAGUAAACCAAACUGUGCCAUCCAGAAUCCAAAUCCGUCCACCUCUCACCAGCCUGUAGAGCUUGUGAGACCUCCACUGUUACAGCCUUCUCAUCAGUCAGAAGUACAGCCAUAACUUUGAUGACCAUUCAUAUAUUUAUUGAAGCUGUCCAAAAUGUAAUGCAUGAACUGAAAAUGCAAGGUUUUAUUGUAUUAAUGUACCUCUUAUUAUUCAAGCAUUAGUGUUUUGUUUCAGUUAUCAGUGAGGUAAGCAUAUGUUAGUUUGUUUUAAUCCUCUCGUUUAUUUUGAGUGUAGUUCUGAAGUUUUCAUGUCGUCAGCUGCAGUCACAUUCAUUUUGGUUUGUGGUACGUAAAGUUGCUUUAUGUUAUCUUCUGAGAUGAGUUCAUUUAGUAACA